AUGCCGUUAACACUAUAUCCAAAUCAGCAACCAUACAUUGCGGCUAAUGUCGCUAUAUCGUACAAAGGUGCUGAAACUACCGGUGGUGGUCCGGAUAUUCAUAGUCAAACAAGUAGCAAUGAUGGUUCGAGUGGAAGCGAACAGAGGAGGGGACGCGCGAUUUUACCACCAGCACCGAUGUCAUCAGCUGUUCAUUCAACUGCAUUUUCAACCAAUGUGCAAAAAGGAACGUCAGCAUCCUUAGCUGCAGGUCCAUCCUUUGGAAUGGUAUCAACAAAUCGUUUGGAAGAAAUGUCACAGGAUUUGGCAUCCAGUCGGCAAAGUUUUCGAAUUGCCAUGAGUCAACCUUUUGAGUUCUUUGUCGAUAAUUUAUAG